AUGGAAGAAGAUAUUCAAUUGGCAGGUGGUAUUACAAAUUUAGCAAAUACCUGCUAUAUAUCGAGUACUCUUCAGGUUUUGUUGAGGCAUAAGGUGUUUAUUAACUUGCUUCAGAAGUAUUCUGAAAAAUAUAACGACAAAGAUAUUCUCAAAAUUAUGCUAAAUCUUUAUCAUUCAUUUGGAAAUCCCAAGACAAAGCUAGAUCCAACACCUAUUGUUAAUCAUUACAAUAUAGAUAAAACAAAACAACAAGAUGUUACAGAAUUCAUGUCUACUUUACUAAAUGAUUUAAUCGAAUCAAUACCUAAAGAUGCAGAAAAUGAAAUUCGUGAUAUAAUGACAUGCAAAAUUGAAUAUACAACACAUUCAAAUUUUGAUUCAGUCUUAUUUUACACAAUUCCUGUUUUAUCUGGUAUUUCAGUAGAAGAUGCAUUUAAAAUCACUCUCGAUGAUUCUCAAUCUUUUGCAAGAUUACCAAAAUUUUUCUUUAUUCUAAUACAGAGAAUGCAAUAUGAUAUGGCAACAAAGGUAAUGCAUAAACAAAGCGAUCCUAUGGAAAUUCCGCUCGAAUUAGAUCUUUCUGGAUGGAAAAAUCCAAAGUAUCAAUUAUUUGCAGUGAUACAACAUAUAGGAUCCGGACAAGGAGGGCAUUAUAGAGUUUGUCUGAAAGAUAGUGAAGGUUGGGUUAUGGCUAGUGAUACUCAUAUCUCUCCAAUUUCAGAAAAAAAAGUUUUAGAAACUUCAAAGUCUCCUGAAUCGCCAGCUUAUCUUUUAGCAUUUGUCACAGACAUGAAAGACAUUACGACAAUACGUGAUUUAGCUGUUGAGGAAACUCCUUCUUACUUUGUUACUGAAAAUGUCGAGAAAACUCCAAAAAGACAGUUGUGCGCGUUUACUAUUCCAGAUGAUAUAGAAAAAUCAAAUGAAAUAGUUCAUCCAAUUAAAAUAAUUACUCAAUUCUUUGACCAAAAAACGAUGGAAUUUGGAUUACCAGAUGAAAUCACUUUUGAUUCAAUAGAUGAUGCCAAUACUCAUUUAGAACUUAUUUCCACUGAUCCUACCUUAACUGUUUUGUACGGAUACAAAACAAAAUAUCUUGAACCCACUCUUCCAAAAGAUUUUGGAUAUUACAACUCACCAUUAUAUGUAAUAUUCCAAAAGAAUGAUUAUAGAUCGUUUGAUAGGUUUCCAAACAAAAAUAUUGUAAAAGUUACAUAUGAAUUUGGUUCUUUGCAAUUUACUCUCGAUUUCUUUGAAUCUCAAAAAAUAUCAGAUGCCAUUCAUUAUGGAAAACGUAUUGUCAAAGAAAAAUUUGGAAUUGCGACCAAAUUAGAAUCUUAUUUCAGAAUUCACAAAUUUUUGUUACCACGAUCAGAUUCACAUACUCUUAAGUCAUUGACAAUGUUUGAACAAUCAGAUUUACGAGUUUGUUUUUCCGAUCGAAAAAUCUCAGGGAAUUCGAAGCAAACAGUCAAAAUCCAGAUUUAUAACGAUACUAAUCCAACCAAAAAGAAAGCUGAGAUAUCCGUUGAGUCAACUGCUUUUCCUGAUUUUGAUGAUAUUUGUGCUUCAGCCAGGGAUGAGCUUCAAUCAUCCAAAGUAGGUUUAUUUGCCAUUCCAAAGCAACAUAAUCAUAUUUACAGAUUAGUUAAUCCAAUUAACCCUUAUCUUUUCCUUAAUCCGGAAAAUGAAAUUUUAAUUCUUGACGGUUCCAAGAGUACAGUCUCAUUAAUUGUUUUUGGCAAAACCCACUUUAUAAUGAAUAUACCUAAUAAUUUACAAGACUUAAUUUCUGAUAUUGAAUCACUUACAAAUUCUGAUUCAAUUUCACUUUCAUAUAAAAGCGAUAGUAUAACGGUAAACAACUUUGAUAAUCCUAAAAAAGUUGUCUGUACACAUCCUAAUGGAUACUUUAUAGUUACUUCUGUUAUCGAAUAA